AGAUAGCAGGUGCCUGUUCUUGCAACUCACACAGGGCGUUAGUAAGUGUCCCUCAAACUUGGACAUCGCUUGGUUGAAAUGCUGUUGUCUCCGGACUGCUAGCAGAUAUAGCUAACUGAUGUGUUUUUGGUGCUGGCGAAUCAGCUUUGUGAGAUAACCAACAGCUCCGUUAGCCUGCUGGCUGUCUAGAUGGCUAUUAGCUAGCUUAUACACCUGCUUGAUCUCUGCUGACUCGUACUGGCAUUGGCAUUGUCUGUUCUUGCUAACCUAGAUAGUAUUACUGCCCGGCGAAUCUGUCUUGAGAGCUAUUAUGGAGUUUCCUUUUGAUAUUAACCAGUUAUUCUCCGAGAGAGUCUCCAUCUUGGACCAUACCCUUGUUGCAGGACGUAAAUCAGCAGGAAUGCCACAUCUUCAAGCCCACAUAGCCACAGUUAUUGAUGAACUUGGGAGAGCCUCAGCAAAGGCCCAACAGCUCCCAGCAUCUAUAACCAGUGCUUCUAAGCUGCAGUCCCAGAGGCAUCAGCUCUACCUGCUAAAGGACGGAGAGAGCAACGGAGGACGUGGUGCGGCCAUGGGAUUUCUCAAGGUCGGCUACAAGAAGUUAUUUCUGCUUGACCGACAGGGUGCGCACGUAGAGGCAGAGCCACUGUGUGUUCUGGAUUUCUACAUAGCAGAGAACGUGCAGCGACAUGGCUACGGGCUGGAGCUUUUUGAUUUCAUGUUGCAGCACAAGAACUUGGAGCCAGUUCUGAUGGCCUAUGACAGGCCCUCGCCCAAAUUCCUGUCCUUCCUGGGAAAACAUUACUGCCUGACACCAAGCGUUCCUCAGGGCAAUAACUUUGUGGUGUUUGAAGGCUUCUUCCUCAACAGAUCAGCGGCCAAGUUGAGAAAGGUUCCCCUCAAAAAGCCAGAUGGAGAGAUCAAACCCUACUCUUUAAUGGAGAGAGAAGUGGUGCUUCAAGAGCAGCGGGCUCGUCCGUGGCCGUUUGUUCCGCCUCACUCCCCCCAGCGGUCGGCAUCCUCCCAGUGCUCCCACUCCCUCAGCGUGGGAUCCUCCCCCAGCAGGGCGCCCCCUCGUGCCUCCCCAGCUUCUGCCCCUGGGGACAACAAGGACCUGAAUCCACAGUCCCCUCUCAUCGAGCGCUGCAGAGCAAGACGCAGCAGCAGUCUGGGUCUAGUUGCCAGAAGCAGCCUGUACAGUCGGCACAUGGACAGCAGAGCUGCUGGACUGCUGGACAGACCCUUACCAGAUCUGAGACCAGUGGGGGAUCAGUCAUACGCACUGGGAUACACAGACACACACAGGUUGGCCAGUAUUCACACAGCACAAAGCAGGUCCCAGCCUCUUUCACUUCCACCUCUAUGUGCACCCAAGAAGAAUGCGGUCCCCAGGAAGACCUCCUUAGACAGGAAGGAGAGGCUCCUGGAUUCACAUGCUGAGGCCCGUGGUGCUGAGGAGGAGAUCAGGCUGUUGGACGGUGCACAGCGUCCAGCACCAGGCAUGCUGGUCAGCCAGAGAGACACGUUGGAGAAGGAGAGCGACGGAGGCAGGCGAGGCUGGUCGUGGACUGUGGGAGAGAACUGCUACACCGCCCAGUGGGUGAAGCAGAAGCAGGAACACAGGAGCACCCGGCCCUGGUGAUCGGCAAAUAGUUCUUAUAUUUAAAUGUUGGACAAAAUGUAACCAGUGAUUCCUGUUGGACUACAAAAGGACAUCAUCCCUGCAGCAAUCUAUUGACAAAAACUUAGCACAGUGCUUCACUAUCAGAAGGACAUUACUGGAAAAUGAUGGCUCAAAUGUAUAUAAAAAGAAGAAUGAAAGAAAGACUGAUGACAUUCAUCAAUUAGAAAUAAUAUAAAAUGAAAAGAUUGAAUACAGCUUUGAUUGAAACAGAACUCUGGUUAGACUGCAAAAAUAACAAUCAGUGAAAAGGAAAUAAGCCUAAUAAACGAGGUUCUCCUCUCAGUCUCACCUUAUAUUUCUUCUCCUUAUAUCACCUUCACCUAUGUACGGCUGGUCUGAAGUCUGUAUGAGGCACGCACUUUUAUAAAUAACAGUUUAUGUGUGGGGAAUGGAGACUGUUUUGUGUGUAUACACAUCAUUUAUAGGCCUGGGCUUUAUUACAGGUAGACAUGAUACCUGCUUGUUUGAUCUUAAUUGAAGCUUUAAAAGAAAUACCCCACCUUACUGUUAAAUAAAGCUAUUCCUAAAUUCAGGGCUGUGUCCCAUCCUGUCUCUGACCUCAUACCUUAUCUUAACUUAAGAAAU